GAAUGGUAAUUUCACGUAAAAGUCCGACUGCUCGGCAACUCAAUGAAUCUAAGGCCGUUAUCUUUCCCUCUUAAUCUUGAUGCACUCCUUCUCCUACUUACUAACAGUACCGGAAAACACUUCAUUUUCUACGGCGGCGUGUUGCAGAAGCCGGUGGUUCUACUAAUAAAUGGUGUUGGGGGUUACUGUUGCAGUUAUCGGAUCUCCUUCCUCAUUCUUUACCCCUAAACCCUCUUCUACAUCGCAAUGGGUGCAGAACCAAAUUAAAUCAUCCCCAAUUCGACAUACCACCUAUGCAUCAUCCUCUUCUUUAUCUGAUGAGAUGGGUUCAUUGGAUGAUGGUAGAUCAUCUAACAUCGAUAGAAGAAAAUGGUUGGUGUCAUCUUUGGGGUUAUUAGCAGUGACAUUGGGAAAUAGUGUAGGAGGUGGAGUUGCUGCGGCAUCUAAUUUUGCAGACAUGCCAGCUUUAAAGGGUAAGGAUUAUGGAAAAUCGAAGAUGAAGUAUCCCGAUUAUGCUGAGACAAGCUCAGGACUCCAGUAUAAGGACUUGCGAAGGGGAAGUGGCCAAACGGCAAAGAUGGGAGACACUGUUGUGGUUGAUUGGGAUGGUUACACGAUUGGAUAUUAUGGCCGCAUAUUUGAAGCUAGAAACAAGACGAAAGGUGGUUCCUUUGAGGGAGAUGAUAAGUCCUUCUACAGAUUCCGACUAGGUUCCCAUGAGGUGAUACCAGCUUUUGAGGAAGCUGUUUCAGGCAUGGCUUUGGGUGGCAUUAGAAGGAUCAUUGUGCCCCCAGACCUUGGAUAUCCUGAGAAUGAUUACAACAAGAGUGGUCCAAAACCAACAACAUUUUCGGGCCAACGAGCAUUGGAUUUUGUGCUCAAGAACCAAGGAUUGAUCGAUAAAACCCUUUUGUUUGACAUUGAGCUUAUAAACAUUAUACCCAACUGAAAUACAGCUCUCAGAUAAACUGUAAGCAAGGCUCAUUCACACAUGAAGACGCACCUUUGUUUGCUUUUAUUUGUAUUUCAUACAAGUGAUUCAUAGUGAACCCAACUGAAAUACAGCUCAGUUUACCUGUAAGCAAGGCUCAUUCACACAUGAAGACACCUUUUUUUGUUCUGUUUCAUACAAGUGAUGUAUUCAUAACGAACCCAACUGAAAUGCAGCUAAAGCUACCUGUAAUCAAGGCUCAUUCAGACAUGAAGAAACACCUUUGUUUGUUUUUUGUUCUUUUUCC